AUGACUUCCAAUCCCUCCCAGCCUGGUCUGGCACCUAAAGCUGCUCAGCCUUUCAUGAAACGUUCGGAGAUCGUCCCCUUUGGCCUUCUGCUGCACUACCUCACAGAUUCGGAUAUCGGGAGUACAAUCCACAAGCUCGAUCCUACCAAAGCUCACCCGGCCUUGAUCCUCGACGUGACCAUGGUGACCGACGAGCACAAUCGCGAGACCGGCGGAGUAAUCACGUUGGCGCCUCUUUCAUCCAAGGGACACCCUGGCUGGCAGCAGACCUCGAACCACCCGAUCGUGUACAACCUUUCCGCGCAGUGCACUUCUGUCAAUAACCCAGAUGCUCGAACGCGCUCUCACAUCUGGAUCGGGGAUCCCUUCACCGUCCAAUUCGAAUUUGGAUCUGUGGAUGUGGUAUACAAGAUGAUAUCUAUGGCAAAUCACAAGACUCCUCUGGGAGAAGCGGUGAGACGGCAGAAUAAGUACGGCUACGAAAUGAUGGCUGAAUGGUACAAAUUCUGUGGUUUCCUGCCCGGUCGUGAGAACAACGAAAUCUCCAACAGACUCCCUCGGCUCUUAAAGACUGGCAAUCCGCCGACUUUCAGGAUCAUCGACCCGUUGGCAUUCGACAAUAACCCUCAUUGGAUGAACGUGGUACCACCUAUCACGCCCAAGGAUCUGAAAACUGUGCCCUACACGGAUCCACAGUCCCCGCCCAUGCGGCCCUCCCGCGCACAAUAUGCGAUAGCGUCGGCUCCACAGGGACCAUCGGGCCCCGCUUCUCCACCGCUUCCGUACUCGCCCUUCCCACAGGAGCAAUGGAACUGGCAACAGCAAUCGGGCCCAAACGUGCCAGCUUUCAGCUCAGGGUCGAUCGCCGAUACGGCGCAUUUACAUCCCAUGUAUUACAACCAACAACUCCAGCAGCCGUACCAGCACCAAUCGAACUACUACCAGCAGGAACAGCCAUUUCAGGACCAGCAGUCGUACUAUCAGCAAUUCCAAUAUCACCAUCCGCCGCAGCAACCUCACAUGCAGGAAUACCAGUACCAACUGCACCCUUACCAGCAGCGACCAGCGAGCGAAUCGAUUUUCGUUCCCAACCCGGUCGCUCAGUAUCCCAAUUCGCAUCAGGUCCCAUAUCCUCUGAACGCAAAUUCAGCGGUGUUUGUUCCAUCUGGCCAGAUGAACUUUCAGCCUAGUCAUCCACAAAGUUCAAGCAGCUAUCCGGUCAAUACUGCACAAGAUUUCACUGCCCCAUCUCAGCAGUAUUAUGGACAAGGGUAUCAGGACAGUCAAGACGGAUCCUCGACUCAGCACUGA